AUGAAGAUCCUUUCUCUCCUCCUCUUCGCCCUUUCGGCCACGCUGUCAGUUAUCGCCACGAGGUAUACUAAUGUCUUCAAUCUCUACAACAGCGAAACGCCACACGAAUCACCGGCAGCCAGACUACCUGAUCAUCUCAACAAUGAGUGGUGGCUGCACGUGCAGUCCCAGUCUUACCCUCCCAAUGCAAUGGACCAUGACACUUUGCGCCGCGACCUUAGCUCCGAUAUCAAUCAUCGUCGAUUCCUUUACCUUGGUCACACCGCCUGGGGCAGACCGGACAUGGUGCUUGCUGUCCCGCUGCAGAAUGGGGCGAACGCUGAUAGAACCCAUACCUGGGCUAUACUGAGCGUUCACAAGUCCGAAAAUCCGAAGCGCCCUCCUUACUUUUUUGUGCACAACUAUGUCAAAGUUUCCGACGGUCGCGCAACUCUGGCUAGGCUCGCUCAAGCUUAUGGACCCCAAAAUGGAGUCUUGGAACACGGACAAGCUCUCACGCUCGAGGAAGUCUUUGACGAACUCAAGAUGCUUCAGCCAGCCGACUGGCCUCAUUGA